AUGCCCGCCGUCCCCGACCUGCGCUUCGAGCAGAGCUAUCUUGCGAGCGUCAAGCCAUACGUACACAUUGAGCGCUCACUCGCGGAGCAACCCGCGGUGGACGGAAAGGGCAAGGGCAAAGCGGUCGAUGCGCCAGGCGACGCGUCGGAGCUCGCAACAGAGGUCGUUACGGUACAGUGGGGGCGGGUGAUGUGGAUCACGACGAGGGACCAAAUCAUCAGUCCUUUCUUGCAAGGCUCGUUGAGAGGUCUUGCGGGCGUGUUCCUCACUCCCUUGCUCGUCGACGCAGGAGCAAGAUUUCGCGCCUGGUGGGCGAAAGGAGCGUACCGCGCGGACCGACCUGCACAGGAGGGCCACGGAGUGGGCUGGCUACGCAAUUGGAUCGGGAGCUUGACUGUAGCGGGCGGUCCGGCGGCACGUCUGUCAUGA